UGAGCCCUCAGCCUUCAUCUUACUUCGCUUCAACUGCUAUUCACAAUGACUCGAACGAAAGGCAACUCAUCGACUCAAAAAACCCACACAUCCGAGUCUAGUCAAGCAACAGCUCCUGGAGGCUCGCAUCGACCCCGUAGCAAAAUCGGUCGGUUUCUGAAGAAACUCAAGGAGGAUGCGAAAAAGUUAAGGACGCGCUCGAAAGAUUCCCGCAGCCCUAGCCCUGCUCCCCCAAGGGAUGAACGUUCAUCAACCCCAAUUACUGAGGCUGCUCCGCCUGAUGUAGAAGUCGAGGCUGAUACCGGAUCGGUACUUCGGGGUGCACAAGAGGUUGCAAAUCGCAUGCAUCCACUUUCAGGCCCUGCGAUAACUGCAGCAUCUGUCGUCGAAGGCGGACCAGAGGAUCUCGAUGCUGCUGACGAUUUCCAGGACACAUAUCUCAAACCCCUCAAGAUAUUCGACGACGUUAUUGGGAAGAUCGCUGAUUUACAUCCAUAUGCAAAAAUGGCACUGGGCGUGUUGUCUUGGACAGCCAAAAUCAUUCUAGCUCAAGCGGAUCGUGACGCAGCGGUACUUGAACUCCUGAAGAAGUUGUGUGAAGUUUACGACUUCAUAAUACAAGACGGGAAGCUUGAUCAAAAACUGUCCAUGCGCGCUACCAGUGUCCUUGGAAAGAUUUCACAGCAGAUCCGUGAAUGUGCCAAUUUUAUCAGCAAUUAUUCGGAGACCAGCAACUUCUGGACGAGACUCGGAAAGAACGUCGUCUCGAAAACGACAGAUACGAUCCAAAAGUACAAUGGCGUGUUAGAUAGUCUCAUGCAAAACUUCCGGGACCAGGUUUCUCACGACGUAGCCAUACACGUCCACGACAUAGACAUACAGGUCCACCAUAUAGGACAAACACUGGAGCUCAGUGGUAUGACUUAUGCAGAGGGCGCGGGACUAGAUACCAGGAAAGAAUGCCUUCAAGGGACGCGCACGGAAAUCCUUUCCGAGAUUACGGAUUGGGUCAACAGCACUGGGGACAACGUUCCACGUGUGCUGUGGCUAUCUGGACCUGCAGGCAAAGGAAAAUCGGCCAUCGCCCACACCAUCGCUAAGUGGUUCAACGACGUGGGAGGGCUUGGUUCGUGCUACUCUUUUGACCGCCAACGGGAAGCAGAUUGUCGCCACGAAAAGAUCUUUUCCACGAUCGCGCGCGACCUGGCCGACCGUGACCCGAAAGAUGAGGCAGGCACUCAGCAGAUGCAGUUCAGUCCGCAAUGUCGCUCAAGACGACGACGGAUAUCAUUCAGCAGUGGCAGAAACUUCUUAUCGAGCCACUGAAGAAGUCAACUGUGUCAACACGAGAACCCAUUGUGAUCGUGAUCGAUGCACUGGACGAGAGUGGCGAAGCAAAGACACGGAGAGACCUCCACAUUUUAGCCGGCAAACAUCAAAAACCCGGCGUUCCCAAAAUCACAGACCUCCCAGACAACUUCCGCUUCAUCGUGACCUCUC